CAUCCCCCCCAAACCCAACCAAAAAGAAAGAAAGAAAAGAAAAUAAAAAUGCUCUUCACCAACACCACAAUCCUAACCCUCGACCCAACCCGCCGCAUCCUAACCAACGCCUCCCUCCGCACCCACAAAUCCCUAAUAACCGACAUCGACAAAACCCCCCUCCUACUCACCAAAUACCCCAAUGAGGAAAUCCUCGAUCUCAGCGGCCGAAUCCUAAUCCCGGGGUUAAUCUCCACGCACAUGCACACAGCUCAAACCCUACUGCGCGGAUGCGCUGACGACCUGGAAUUAGUUUCUUGGCUUUGUGAACGCAUCUGGGUGUUACAGGGGUGUUUUACUGAAGAGGAUGGAUAUGCGGCUGCGAGGUUGAGUAUUGCGGAGAUGUUGGGGAGUGGGACGACGUGUUUUUUGGAGAGUAUGUUCGCCGAUCGAUACGGCUUCGAUGGUCUCUGUCGCGCAGUCGAGGAGAGUGGGAUUCGGGGAUGUUUGGGCAAAAUCGUGAUGGAUACGGGACGAUACGCUAAGGAUGAUGCGUGGGCGAUGCAUCCGGGACUUAUUGAGGAUCGGGAAACCUCCCUAGGGGGUACGUUGAAAAUGUGGGAGAAGUGGAAUGGGAAGGCGGAUGAUCGGAUUAGGGUUUGGUUUGGGGCGAGGACGCCCGGGGGGGUAUCGUCCGAUCUAUACAAAGAAAUGACCGCCUUGUCUAAGAAACAUGGUAUUCCUAUUACCAUGCAUUGUGCGGAGGUAGCUGCAGAUCGGGAUUAUUUUGCCUCUGUCGGACACACCCCCAUGUCGUACUGUGAUAGUGUAGGGUUACUCUCCCCGUCGACGGUGCUGGUACAUAUGGUUCACUUGGAUGAUGGGGAUAUCGCGCAAGUGGCCAAGUCCGGGACGCAUGUUGCGCAUUGUCCCACCUCCAAUGCCAAGUUGGCGUCCGGUACAUGUCGAGUCCCCGAUUUACAGCGCGCCGGGGUGAACAUCGGACUUGGGACGGAUGGCGCCCCGUGCAACAAUUCCUGCGAUAUGUUGCAGGAGAUGAAGCUAGCUGGGAUCAUCCACAAGGGGGUGAAUGGGGAUCCGACGGUUGUGACAGCGGAGGAGGUGUUGGAGAUGGCUACGAUCAACGGGGCCAAGGCGUUGGGAUUGGAUCAUUGUAUUGGGAGCUUGGAGGUGGGGAAGAAGGCGGAUUUCGUGGCGAUUGAUGCCAGGGGAGUGGCGAUGCAGCCGUGGUUUAAUCCUGUUAGUGCGGUGGUGUAUACGGCUACGGGACGGGAUGUGGAUUUGGUGGUGGUGGAUGGGAAAGUGGUGGUGAAGGGGGGAGAGGUGUUGACGAUGGAUGUGGAGGAGGUGGUGAGGGAGGCGGAGAGGAGGAGUCGCGAAGUGGUGGAGAGGGCGGGGUUGGGGGGGAAGGUGGGUGCUAGGUGGCCGGUUGAGUAGAUACAGAGGGGUUGUGGUUGGAGGAUUUGCUAGGGUGUAGAUGAGUGAAAUGGUUUCUGGUAGGUAUGCUAGCUAGGCCUUUCGCAACCACAGCGUCUGCGAAUUGCAAUAUCCGAUCAAUCCAUUCACCCCUAGUUCUGUCCCCAUGCCGCUUUGCUUGUAUCCCCCAAAUGGCGCAUAUGGGGCACAUUCAAAGUGUGUGUUCACAAACACCGAACCCGCCUCCAGCUGGUCGGCCAUGCGUCGUGCGCGUUGCAAAUCGCGAGACCACACCGAUGCCGCUAGUCCAUACACCGAGUCGUUGGCGCGCGCC